AUGUCGGUUGCAGCGUCUUCGAAACAUGAUGGUGAAGUACCAGUACCUCCUGAAGGCUUUGAGCUGCCUGACAAGUACAAGGUCAAGCGCUGUUGGUAUUGCAAAGCAUGGUCUACAAGCCCAUCACCAUGGCAUCUACGUGACACACCACUCAGUGCAUGGCAUCCACUCAUUCCAUGGGGUCGAGGGUCUCGUGCAAAGCCAAUCUCAGAUACCUGCAAGAUUUGUGUUAUUGUAUGGACUCAGGGUGGGUGGGAAGCAGAAUGGAUGACGGAGGACAAGUUUCGCAAAGCAGUACAACAAAAUGCAGCGCUGCUACAUCCUUUUCUUGCAGUUCGAACAAGGGUCAUCAAGAUGAAACAAGCUGACCCUACUGCUCGCUUUCGGCUGGAGAAGCUAGGCAUUACCAAAGACGCUGUCGAGACUGCAGAGGUUGGUGAGCGCGGCCUUGAGAGGCCUGAAGAAUAUUGGGUUGAAUUGGACAAAUACGAAGCAGAUCCGGCAAAUCCCUCAGUGGAGCCUUGUGACUAUGUCUAUGAGUUGGUGGAUGGAGUCAUGAAAGCUGGCGUAAAUGUGCUCACUGGCAAGGCAGGGUGGCAUAAGCGCAUCCAUAGGGACUACAACACUGUAGCUAAGAAGACAACGUUGACAGAUGACAUCGAGAUCUGUGAGGACGCUACAAACAAGAUCCAUACAGCGGCGAAGUCCAUUGUGCUGAAACGCAAGGCUGCCACUUUGUCUUUGCCACAUCCAAACCAACAUGUGGCUUCAUCAUCCUGUUCAGUUUCUACUCCAGCAGCAGCGCCUGAGCGAGAAGAGACCAACACCAGGAACACAGGACAGUUCGACGACAACAAGUCAGACAGCGAGGAAGAAGAGGAGCAAUUGUCGAGCAGCCUUAUCACUAUGCUGAAGCAAUAUCAUCCAGCAGGGCCAGAACGAGCAAACUCAGCUGGUGCCAAAUCAAAAGCCAAGUCAGCUGCACCUCCCAAAGAGCCAGCUGCAACUCCAGCAGCGGUGACAAGUUUGAGGACAACUAUUGGCAACGCAGGAUCAACCAAGCGCAAGAUUGCUGACGGCAACGGCAUCAAUCUUGAGGCUGCAGCAUCAAAAGCGGUCAGACUCGACAUCAGCGAUGGAUUGUCUGCUGCUGACAAGGAAAUUGUCGAUUCCUUUGAGAACAAGUUUGCCAAGCUGAAGAUUGUGGAUCCACCACUAUCUGAGCCUGCUUUCAAAUCCAAAAUCAAUGAGCUUCUUUCAAGCUGUCAUUCAUUUCUUGGCGAAAUCAAGACUAAGAAGCGGUCAGCAUCACGGAGGAACAAUCAAGACGAUCAACUUGUGGCAGCGCUGGAGGCAAUGGAAGAAGAUGUGCAGGACCAUGUGAAAAUUCUCAAGUGUGUAUUGGGCUCUGCACAAGUUGAUACUACUACAACAUUGGUGGCCAUGGUGGAUGAUGCUACAUCUCGUUUGGGAUGCACAUUCAACCAUGCAGUCAUGCGGAAGGCACUCAAGAGUCUUGUGAACCAGGAUGUUCAGGUAUCUGCUUGGGAGAAUUUGACCAAUGUGACAAAGAAGACCCUUGAUGCUCGCUUCAUUCCUGACAGCAACAGCAAAGAUGUAGUAGACGCUGAUGACUUCUACAUUAUCCUCUUGACUCAAACAUUUCAGAAGCUUACAAAGCUGGCGUCCAACAAGCUCAAACACAAGGAGAGCGUAUUUUGCGCUGUCAACAAAGUGGAAAUGGAAUCGACACUUGCGUUUUUGUCUGCUCUUGAGAGUGCAUCAUCCACACCAGAUCGGCUGAAGACAGAUGUCUCUCAGAUUGUCCUUGUGUUGCGGGCAGACACAGCAGAUGUAUCGGAAGUGAGCAAUGCAGUGCAAAUGAUUGAAUCAAUCAAAAGGUCGACUGAGGCGAUCAAAGCAUACCCUCUUGCAUUUAGCUUCCUGAGCAUUAAUUUGGGCAUGAAAUUCAUCAAAGAGGCCAAGGAUAUUGUAGCAGACAGGAAGGAAAACUUCAGCGACGCAGAAGAACUCGACAGCAAGCUCAGUGAGAUGAAUCAGCUGAAGCUCACUGACGAUAAGUCGCUCUUGAUUAUGUGUCUUGGCAAUUUGUUUGAAGUAAAGUUUAUGAUUAUUUAUGAUGGUUGCAUGUCAAUCUUAAUUUGUAUAUUGAAAAUUGUAUCUUAA